CAGGAAACUGAACGAUAGCUACAUCAAAGAACACGGCAUCCGUAUGCUGCCAGAGUACGCGGACCCCUAUCACAACAGACCCAUUACGGCCGGUGAAGUUGGGUGUUUUAUGAGCCACUACAACAUCUGGAAAGACAUGAUCGAGAAUCAGCACCGCAUCGCUCUCAUCUUCGAGGACGACAUCCGCUUCGAGCCCUAUUUCCGGACGAAAAUAGGGGAGCUUCUGGCCGAAGUUCGCCACCUGGACUGGGAUCUCAUCUAUCUGGGCCGCAAGCGCCUCUCGGGCUCCAAGGAACCUCUGGUGACGGGCUCCUCCCGGCUUGUCCACGUUGACUACUCCUACUGGACCCUGUGCUAUGCCCUGACGCUGGCUGGAGCCCGCAAGCUCGUCGACGCGAACCCACUGCCACGCAUGGUGCCCGUCGACGAGUAUCUGCCUAUCAUGUUUGACAAGCACCCCGAGAAAACUUGGGCUGCACACUUUCCCCGGCGUGACCUCAAGGCCUACUCCGUGCACCCUCUGUUCGUGCACCCAACGCACUACACUGGCGAGGAGCACUACAUCAGCGACACCGAGGACUCAGUGGUGGUCGACGCGCUAAACGCUACCGACUCUGACCAUGGUGCGGCCAGCGUUCUGCCUCCGGCUGACGUAGCCAGCGAGCCCGCAGCUACUAGGGAUGAGCUCUGAGAGCGCGCGCCCGCGCUUUUGAUUGCCGUCGAGAGAUACCUAAGGAUGGUCCACAUGUGCAUGUGACAGGGAUUCACAUCUAAGGGGCAUUAAUUUUUUCAACGUUACCGUUCCACCGUUACCGUUCCACCGUUACCGUUCUACGUCAAGCCUGAUGCCGGUAACGAUGCUUAUGACGGUAAAGGUAGCGGUGGAGCGGUAACGGUGUUGCUAAAGCACCAUGUUAAGGGCUUGUGGUUUUUGUGGCCGCUGUGGCAGCGUACCUCUGCACGCAAACACGCCGACAGCGCGAAUGCGGCCGGAUUCACUCGUAACGACUGGCUAGAACUGAGCGUAGUGUUACCAUGGACUGGAUGUAUACAUUUAAAGCUUGCGUGCGAGGGUAUCGCUCUCUCAAAUUUUGGAAAGGAUCAAACAGUUUAUUUUAAGAGACGCGGUAGAUUAUUAAGAAGAGGUGCGUGGAACUUUAAAUCAGGAAACUUCGCCUGUGACAAAAUAUUGUAUUCUGACGAUGACAGCGACACAUUCGCUGUGAGCUAAUAAGAUAAUCAACGCCAUUGAAACUUGAUAAUACACAGUGGCAGCAUACGGUACGCUGAAUAAAAUGUUAUAUGCUUGCUCUCUCCGCAAAAAGAAAUAGUUCGCCAGUUCAUAGCGAAGCACAUCAGUAUAGCCCCUGAAGUCUUUGCUCUACUGUAACUUCUUGCAGGUGAUUUGGUUUUUUUGCAUAUUCACGCAUGCGCUAUCCGCUAAGUAACAGCCUAUAGGCCAAAAUGGCAAGUGAGUUUUUUUUUUUUUAGCUGGUAAAUUAAAAUUCUAGCUCCUCGCUUUUUAUUUAAUCGCUCGCCAGUUGCUUCUCUUCAUCGGGUAGUAUUACACUCUGGAGUCGCCAGAGGUAAGCUUAUUUCGAUCCGAGGUGAAGCUCUUCAUUUUCUUUAAACAAUAACGAGAAGCGUGUGGACGAGGUCUCCUAUCUGGCUGAUGAGUGUUUGAUGGAGUGCGUUUAUAGCGCCUGUCGAAACGAUGUCAGCGCCGAUGUGAUUUUAAUCGCGAAUUGGUGAAGCAACUUGCACAAGAGCCGCACAAAAGGCUGCGUUGGCACUCACUCUAGAGUGCUUUCUGGUUUUGACAGGCUAUCCAUUCUAUCUCGUAGGCUUGGCGGGUACUGAAACCUAGGAUGGUGGGUAAAAUAGGGGGCAUAAAUGGUUUUUGCUUUUCGCCUUGGAGUACAAAGAAGCUUUAUACGCUGCUUUUCACGUACCCUACCUUCGUUCGUGUAAAGUUUCAGUAAUGAAUGAUUACGAAGGAGAAAAGCUAUCAUCGCAUCUUUUCUAUCUCUACAACUUCGCUUUCUGGUCAGUGCUGAUAGCACCGAAGGCGCGGAGGGAAAGCUAGCCGUAUAUUUUGGGCUUGUUUUAUCUCAACUGGGCGCUGCUGCAACAUCCUGCUUGAUGUAUCUCCAUGACACGUAGGGGCCCUUGCCGGAAGGGUAGUCGAUCACCAAGCCGGAUUGAGGAACGCUCUGUAUUCUUCAAAACCCUAGGUCUAGUUCUUCAAAUCAUCUCAAGAUGGAAGGAUGUUACCAUUAUUGAAGGUAAACAGCGCCAAUUGCCUAUAAAAUGUGAAGAUGUGCGCGUACGUAAAAACUUAGCGUUUAAAACAUGCCACGCGUACAGGAGGAUACUAAAACAUAUUACAGUGGCUCUUCGCCGCGCGGAGUGUGUUACGCGCAUUACGCGUGCCGACCAAGUCAAGCACUCGCUAUGCGUAAGACGACAGGCCCCAUUAUUUCGCAUCGCUUUCAAUACUCGCCCUUCGAACGGAGCUUAAGAACUUCAACUGCCCGCACGCUCGUUCUCUCACUUGUGACGUGUGAAUCCGGUUAGCGAAGCCUGCCAAAGGGAGUGCGAGGGCGAUAUAUACAGACAAGGGCAUGGUGGUAAAUCAGAUGGACAAUCGACGGUCUACGAAGGAUUAUGCGAAGCAAGGAUAUGUCCUGCCAGGCUGUAUCUCUCGUCAUUUGCCGUAUGUAGAAACCCCGCUGUUCGCGGAUUAUAAGAAAGGAAGGAAACCAAAGGGACGAUGCGUCACAAACCCGUUUGCUUAUUUUUUUAUAUACUUCUUGGGACCAUAAGAUCGACUGGUUUUUCAUUUAAUUUUUUAUUGCAUGCUAAAGGAUGCCUUGCUUCUCAUAUAAGUCGCGACUUAGCGGGCAUGUUACUUUCUUUUGUUGCGUUUGUAGUUCGUUCUUACGCGUAGUUGAAAUCGUGCUGUAGCGCUUUAAUUGCUUUGAGCGAUGUGUUGGUUUGCUUAUUUGUUUGCUUUUCUUGUGUUCUCGCCGAAGGAGAGGUACACAAUUUGAACGCGCAUGACUUCGUCGAUCUGUCCUGCCCAGUGAUGUUGAAAAAAUUGUUACUACUACUACGACUACUUAGUUUCACCUCAUUGAAUAUCGCGGGCUUGAUUCCGUAUGCGACUGAUUUAUAAGAAACAUUACUUUUAAAAUUGCUGAUAAAUUUCUUUGUCCAUCAUAAUCGCUGUUAUCAUCGGUGCUGCAAUAAACAUCCACAAUAUGGGUGCAAAGGCUCCGAAAACCCGUAACAAAAUUUGCUUCUUUGAAUGGCAUGACAGCUCAAACUAUAAUCUCAAUUUUGCUUUGCAUGUUUCAUUUCGAUAUGCAUUUCAGCGAUCGUUCUGCAGCUGCACAUGAAAAGACGGUAGCUUGGUCUGAGGUCCAACAUUUCACUCGUCGAUAUUUCUAUGUUUUCUUCUUUUUUCCUUUCUUUUUUUUAUUUGAUCUCAGCACCUCGUCUUGUAACCCUGGUCACAAAACGGAGAGCUGUCUUUUUUUUUUUUUUUUUUUGAGGCCCUUUUACUGUGGCUAUUUUCUGUAUGCUUAAUACUACUACUCUCGCUCAACUGCUGUCUCGUUUACAUGUGACUUCUAUAUGAGAGUAACCACACGAAAGAGCUUCGCUUGAUAGGGUAAGAAUCAAGUGCAGCGUGGAUACUAUCAACCUAUUCUCAUCUGUCGCGGUGUCACGUAGCAGCGACACGAAGUUUUCCUGAGGAAAAAAAGCCCGAGAACGGUAAGCCUAAACUAACCCAAUACUCACUACCGUCGCUGUUUGCCGCCGCUCCUUCUGCUAGACAGUACGCCAGUCUUAAUUUUCGAAUAUUCCUAACCAACCGUCGCCACUACUUCCGUGCGGGAGUUUUAUACAAGAGAUGAAGAUGGCGGCGGAGGUGUCUAACCGGCCAUAUACUUUGAGAAACGUGCACCUUUCUUUCUUCUCGCUCUGUAAGUGCUUACUGCUUAAAUGGCUGAUUGUGUACAGCUCCCCAGAUAUGUUUUUUUUUUUUUUGAUAAUGUAAUCUGCUGCUCAAAAUACUAGUGACCGUUCUGAUCGGUGACUUUCUCACUUGUGCCGUGCGUUAAUUGGAGUUCGGUCGUGAUGUUAUGUGUUUCUAGUGUUCGUAUAUUCAUGCACGAGUUUGACUGCCUCUUAGUCACGUUGAUCUCCUGUCGUCUGAAGCGGUAAAGCAGUUAUUCCGGGACCACAGAAUGUCAUACAGUAGUCGACCAUGCCGUAAUGACCGGGUAUGUCUCCUACAUUGUAUGCGAGCGUCAUCAAAUCUCAUACAUGCUAGUUUUAUUGUUUCCUCGUUUCUAUUUUUUCGUUGGGCUGUUUUUCAAAUAAUUUGACCCCUUGGUAAAUUGCAUUCUUAAACAUCUUCGUGCAAGUAAUAGCGAACUGCUGCCGAGUAAGGUUUCCACAUUGAACUAUCAAAAGCUUGGCCCAAAUAUCCCCGCUUUAUCUGUACGGCUUACUGUACCGUAAUUUACUCUCGCCUGAGCGAAGCAACUAUAUAACUGUGGGCAAAUUUGCUGACGGCUAAAGUGCCUCAUGGAAGCCGCCUCAGGAAUAAAACCAGCCAUGCCGCUGUUUUCUUUACAAUAAGGAAUCGUGUUUCCACUGUCAGUAAUUUCGUGCGCUUUAAAUGUCCGUUGCAAUCGAACCCAAAUUUUGGCGGUUCCUGAAUUUACAAGAUUAUCGGAAUAGCAGAACAGUGCAGCGUCUGUUUCAGCAAAGCACCCGGAUCAAUUUGGAAGGGUUUACUUGCUGAAAGUCCUUGCAACAUUUGGCGUGUUUGCCGAACGCUUAUUUUCCACGAAGUUAGUGAUCAAGCUCAUUGCGCUCUCCUUACUUGUCUAGAAGCAACGAACUUAGGGGCACGUUUGUAACCCAGCAACUAUUUCUUUUAUUUUACAUUCUUCAGUAGCUAGACCUGCAGGGACGGGCCCUACUGUAUGUUUUACUUUAUUCUUUGAGAUUUGUCAUCUCGCUCUUUCUGUCCUCUUUCCUCCCCUCCUUCCUAUCUUUCCUUUCUAUGUUUGUCUCGUUCUUUCCGAAGAGUAGGCAGGCGCUGUGCCCCUUCCGGUGGCAGUUGCCAGCCUUGCUCCUCGCUUUCUCUUUCCUGUGUCCAUGUUUACAAAUCAAAUAAUAAAUAAUAGAUUUCCACGAAAAUGCACCAUAGCUAUGUUUAAAAAGCAGAAUCCGUUGAAGUCCGUUGCUCUUCGCUACGAAACAGCGCUCUGAUAAUAAUAACCGAAAGGGCGCCUAGUUUUUUUUUUUUUCUGUAUCUCCUAAAAUCAAUUGUCUCCCCAGUACGUUAAAAAGUGUUCUGUACUUCGUUUUUUACUUCAAUUAUGGCGUAUCUGCGUUGCAGCACUUGGGCCCUUGCCGCUUUCCUUUCGUGUAAGAAGCCUCAAAGACAGCAGUUGAAACAGAACUCACCGUUGUUUCGCAGUAUUACGUCAAGAUAAUGGCAUUGCUUGUCGGCUGCGAAACGCUGUUCUCAAGGACAGAAAAAAUAACAAAGUUAAUAAAAAUGACUUUUUCUUCGUCGUGCUUUUGCAGGUAAUUUUAAGCAUUGAUAGCCUCGUCGUAAAGGCAGAGCGGCGGCAAAUUUAAUGGAAUUCCUCGGCUCGUCGAGCCUGGCGGCUUUCUGACCGCAUUUGUCUUGCGAGAACACUUGCAACACCGGGAGUGUCUUACAGUAAUUUUGUGUGCUUACUUUCUUAAUUCUGCAAUUCGUCGCGAAUCUUCUGAUUGUAUUCUGGGUCGAUUUCUCCUUUUUUUUCUGUAUAACUUAGUCGUAUGUGCUUAUUUAGCGCUGUGGCAGCUGAAUGCUUUGGUAUGUUUAGCACUGCGGUGAUCGAAUGCGGCAGCUGGGGUGAAUUUGUAUUCACUGUUCAAUUUUGUUGUGCGCCGAGUGUCGUUAAGGGGGCUCUGGAACACUUCUCACUGCUGCAAUCUCAUUUCGCCCCUUCCCCCUCGCCCGCUAUCCAAUCCUUGGCUGCUCGCUCGAUCUGGCUGCUCGCUCGAAAUCUCGCUCGAUUUGUCGGGGUCCAGCACAUGCGGCAUUCGGCCCGUCACGUUACAUCAGGCGCCACCUUGAUGCAUCUUCUUAGUGGCUAUGGCGUUCGGCUGCCGAGCAGAAGGUCGAGGUUUCGAUUCCCGGCCCCGGGGCUCGCAUUUUCUGCAAGAACGCUCGUGUGCCGUGCUUUGGGUGCUCGUUAAGUAACCCCAAGUGGUCAAAAUUACCCAGAAUGUCUACAAUGCAACGUCUCGCAUAACCCACUGUGCAGUUUCGAGACAUUAAACCCUAUAUAACUGAAUAUUUUCCGUAUAGCAGGUCAGCCGGCCAAGUGCGCAUGUUGCCUUCAAAUGCUCCGACAAAGCCGCCAGCAGUUACUAUCAUGUUCAGUGUCGGAAUGACAAAUUGGAUGUUAUGUAGCAUUUUAUUCAGAGGGGUAGUCAGAUUACGAACAACAAAAAACCAUAGGAAAGGGUGUUCAGAGAGUCUGGAGAUGUACUAGAGGCUCUUCAAGAUAAGCGCGUAUUGUUUGUGGCCCAACAUACAGUGCAGAAAUCAGGAAACAUUGGCACUACAGCUUACAAGAACGACAGGCGCCAAAAUUGAACGAGUGGAACUUACCUUUUGGGGUUGUUUGUGGUUCCGUUAUACCAAUACAUACCUUGUGUACGCGAUAAUUUGUGUUGAAUCUCUAUUGCUUGCCAUGCAUUUUUGUAUUUCCGUCAUGCUCAAAAGCCUUUGUCAAAAAGAGGCAUUUACUUUUGUGCAGCUUGCGAAUAAAGCAUUGUGUUCGUGUAUGUGUUUUGAGAAUCUCUGUGCCAAAAAUAAAUAUUCUGCCAAAGUA